GUGUGAGUGACAUCUCAUCUCAACCCAUUUUUGUAACUGUUGAGCCUCGGAGCAUCCCAGCUGACUGGGGAUUAAGCGUGAGUAUUAAAACUCACAUUGAACCUCAUGUGCUUUCUGGGCAUCCUGAAGCAUUUUUCUCUGAGCUGUCCACGCUGCCGUACGGAAGGUUCGGGAGCAUGAACGUCUCUGGGAUACACCACGGCGUGCUCAGGAUGUACGGUGGAUUUCUUUUCAAGCAGUGGAAGAAAAGGUUUCUGCGUCUGACCGCUGAAGGGGGUCUCAUUGUGUGCCACGAUGCCCUAUCUGCCCCUGACCAGAUUGUUCUGCUGCAAAGCAGUUGUGAGGCUAUAGUAGAGGGCAAGGAGAUCCUGGACCUGCCUAAACUGCCUUCUGGUGCAUUCAGGGACUGUUGCUUUGCUCUGAUCCUGCCUCAGAAUAAGUACAUGCUGUUGCUGGCUGAAACUCCUGCAGACUGUAGUCAGUGGCUGAAUGUUCUGAAAAAGGUGAAAAUGAGCCUCUCGUCACCCCUCAGCCCUUGUAAGCGUCAUCAGGUUCCCCCGCCACGCAUCACUCUCAGAGAUCUGGUACCUGAGCAAAUUCUAGACAAAGGUCCACCAACUCCACCUGUCAGCGAUACAGAGUCAUCCUCCCCUGGACCUAUAACCAAUGCUUCCAUAAGGGACAAAGGCAGAAAUUCUCCAUGUACAAAGAAUUACAGACGAGGUGCACAGCCAGUGGGAUGUCUGCGUCAUGGCACCAUCAACAACGCCCAGGCGAUGAAGGCGGUUUAUCUGCUGAUGGGCGGGGCUGCUGCUUCCUCUGCCAUGGGCUACCUCGGAGCAUGCUCAUCCUCUAAUCUGGAAGUCAAAGCCGACCUGCCACUCAACGCGGAUUUCUCCGGCACCGGCCCUGCUGUGGUGUGUGAUAUUGGAAGCUCUGCUCUCGACUCCCCCCACUAUAACAGCUUUGACUUUGAUGUGGCAGACUCUGAUUUUGAUGCUUUUGACUGUGGUGGGUUUACUUUCUGAAAGCUGUUUGGCCCUGAGACUUACUGACAUUUAUGACACAUAAAAUGGUGUGAACCUCUUGUUCGUUGAGAGCCCGUAACAGCUGAUUUGUCGGGUUUGAGAGGAAGUUAUGAUGGUUGGAAAUGAAAAACUUUCACACUAGUAAGAAAACAAACAAAGAUGACCUUUCACCGAUUUAUGGCCACCUUCGCAUCUUGUAUUUCUUUCUUAUUGUAAAAUUGUAUAUUUUAGCAAAUAAGAUACUGAAGAGUGAUUCUGCAUUAUGAUGUAAUUUUGUUUUUAAGUUAUGGUGGAUUCUAACUUUGGUGUUGAGUUCCAGUUAAUGCAAAUCUGUAAAUUCUCUUUUCUUGGGAAAAAGCACUCCCAUUAAUGUAAACACACUCAGAACAUCAUGAUGUGUCAUGUUAUGUAAUGUUUCUGGAUUAUCAUACUGUAUAACCCUAAAUAGAUUAAAAUUGAUCUGCAGCAGAUUUUUUUUAAUUUUCUGAUCUCUGGCUCACUUAAAUCUUUUGCUUCU